GACGAGGUCAGAAGGCACGAAGUGACUCUAAAUGGAAAAGGAUGAGCUGCGUGAGUGGAUGAGCUGCUGCUUAGGAAGCCCGGCAUGCAACAUAAUAGUCUAAAAAAGUAUGCAAAAGCAGGACAGAUGUUUCCGAAACUUCACUUGCUGGCUGCACAUGCAGUGGACUUUGCUAAAAGAAAUGGAUGGUGGUCUCUCGUUAAUGAACAAGGAUUAGAAAGUGUUCAUGGCGUUUUCAAUCGAUUAGCUCCACGUUAUGAAAAUUCUGGUGAUGAGGUUUUGUCAGCAGAAAAAGUGUUUAGACAUCAAUGGAUGUUAAAUUGUUUACACGAUAGAGGCAAAGAAAAUACACAAGAAAAUUGUCAAAUUAGGCAAAGGCGUUUAAGUUUUUGA